AUGGGAUUUUUGACAUUCCUUGCUGGCAAGAGCAAGAAGGCAACAGCCAAAAUUAAGGACAAGAAGGACAAUGUGGAUGUCAAGGAAAAGAAGCAGAAGACUAAACGGGUAUUGAAGACUGAGAAUGCAGAAGCUGUUGAGAAUUACAUGGCGUGUUUGAACAGACAUGGGUCAGUGGAUGAAAUGCUCAAAUUAUUUACUUCAGAGAAUGCCAAAAUAAAAUUUGAUGAUAGCCCUUCGAUGACAGCUCUGGGACUAGUCACUGAAAUUCGCAACUGCUACCUUGGCUUUGGUGAUCUCAAGUUCAACUAUGAAUCCAUCAAAGAAGUCAAGCCUGGCCAAGUCUUGGUAGAAGACUUGGUUGUGACAGGUACCCACACACAGGACUUUCAGUUUGCAAACUUCCCUGUCAUCCCCAGGACCAACAAGCAUGUUCUCUUGGAUCCUGAAAGGCUGUGGUUUACCAUGAAGGAUGGAAAGAUUUACAAGCAGGAGAUUACGGCACUGGGAAAUCUGACAGGCCCACCUGGAAUGUAUUUGCUUGUCGGUGGAAGACUUGAGCCCCCUGCUCAAGAUUGA